GCGGAAGUGGUACUGCCCUGAAUACCCUGAGCAGCGAGCGGAGGACGGCUUGAUAAACUCCCAUCGUUUCAGAGAAUAAAAUCGGGAUUUCCUUGUUCGCUUUAAAAUCCUAAAAAAAUGGAUAAGAACGACCUGGUGCAGAAAGCCAAGCUGGCCGAGCAGGCCGAGCGCUACGACGACAUGGCGGCUGCCAUGAAGGCCGUGACGGAGCAGGGCCUGGAGCUCAGCAACGAGGAGCGCAACCUGCUGUCUGUCGCCUACAAGAACGUGGUGGGGGCCCGCCGCUCAUCCUGGCGCGUCAUCUCCAGCAUCGAGCAGAAGACGGAGGGAAACGAGAAGAAACAGCAGAUGGCCCGAGAGUACCGUAUGAAGAUCGAGACUGAACUCCAAGAAAUCUGCCAGGAUGUGCUGAAUCUGCUCGACAAAUUCCUCAUUGCCAAUGCGUCUCAGGCGGAGAGCAAGGUGUUCUACCUCAAAAUGAAAGGAGACUACUUCAGAUACCUGUCGGAGGUGGCCUCUGGGGACUCAAAGAAGGACACGGUGGAGAACUCUCAGCAGGCCUACCAGAACGCCUUCGACAUCAGCAAGAAGGACAUGCAGCCGACACACCCCAUCCGGCUGGGCCUGGCCCUCAACUUCUCAGUCUUCUUCUACGAAAUCCUCAACUCGCCCGAGCAGGCCUGCACUCUGGCCAAGCAGGCUUUCGACGAGGCGAUCGCCGAGCUCGACACCUUGAACGAGGACUCGUACAAAGACAGCACGCUGAUCAUGCAGCUAUUAAGGGACAACCUCACUCUGUGGACAUCAGAAAACCAGGGUGACGAGGGCGAAACCGGCGACGGAGAGAACUAGCGCACCUCACUGUUGACCUACGACCCCUCUCUCUUCCUCCUCCUCCGGUCUCUCUUCCUCUUCCUCUAUCUCUCUCUCUCUCUCUCCUCUUCUUCCUUCUCUUCGUACACAUUAAAACAUCCCCCCCGUUCAUCCCCCUUUUUCAAGCCCCCCCCCCCUUCUGUAUAACCAACAGCAUGAAUAGUACCCGACCUCCACAGACGGUUCGUAAAAGAAAUGGAGGGGGGGAGAAAGAGAAACUGCUCCAUCACCCUAAACCCCCCCCACCCCCCCUCUGGUCAUGGCACUCCAGGACUGACCAAACCCACGGGUCAGUCUAGUCUUCUAGCGCGCAGGGAGGGUUUUUAUCCAAAAUUAUCCAAAUUAAUUCAUGUUUUUUAAUCUCCUCCAUUCUUCCCUCUCUCCUAACCUCUGUCCUUAGUGCCUCCCCUCCUCCCUCGCUCUAUUGAGUUAACGCACUUAUAUAGUUGUCCCCUCCCUCCUUCCCUUCCUCCCCUCCUUGCUCUAGUGAGUUAACGCUUAGUCGUCCAUCCCUUCUCUUUUGGCUUUUUUUUCUUAGUGUUACUGGCAAAUGGCUGGUUUUAUUCCACUUUAAACGAAACAACAACAACAACAACAAUAAUUACAUAAAGGUUAUUAAACUGUCCGUUUAUUUUCAACAAACACUGUGAUGCUUAGUUCUUCCUCCACCUUGCUCCUCGUUUUGAUGGUGAACAGCCCUGUACUCAGAGGGAGGGUGUGUUUAGAGCUGAGGUUCAUACAGAAGGUCCUCCCACGAGGCCGUACUGUGACACUGACGGAGCGUUUACCUGCUGUAGUCGAACACUCACCUGUUUGUGUUUUACUCUCUAACUGAGGCCCAGAGUUUUAUUCAACGCCAACGGAUUUGAAAACGUAACAAAAUUCAUACAUUCCAUCUAAAUGUUUGAGAAGACAAGCGGGACCGUUGGAUCAACAUCAGCGCUGCUGUCCCGAAAUGUAAACUCCUAAAACGUGCUCAUUUCCCCUUUUUCUUUCUUUUUUUAUUUUCUUUGUGUAACAAAUCAAAUUCUCUUCUUUCCGGUUUUUGAGAACUGUAAAAUUGUAAAACAUUUUUAGAGCUUAACUGUAAAUCUGUCUUUUGGAAAAACAAAAUGUUUUUUUGUCGGUCGUCGUUAGUUAACACCUGUGCUUGCAAUGAAAACCUUGAAGCCGUUAGUCAGCUGCUGUCCUCAACAUUUAUUUUUUGGUACCCCUCCUCCAGCUCAGUUAGACCAGUUUGUCUUCCUGUGAUCUGACACAGUUCAGCUAACUACCCUUCAAAAUAAAAGAUGAGUUGGAAACGGAAUCUAUUGUUUUUUUAAAUCUUUACGUCAAAAAUUGACGUCUUUGUAACCAAAUCCAACGAAGGCUUUUCUUUAGGUUUAACCAAGUUGACUUAUUUAAAUUGGUUCAACUGUAAAAUAAGAUGUUGUUUUUUUUAAAUGAGGAAGCAAUGUUCUUAAGUGUCCCCGUUACUUCGAGUCCACAACGUUUUCAUGCAUGAAAGGAGCCGAAUCUCCCCGGCAGCCGAUCAACCAAUCAUCUGUGAGCGGAAGUGAGAACGUGUCGUUUGGAUCUGAAGUUCAUAAGAAGUUUGUGUCGAGGCGACUCUUUUUAGAGGAUACUUUUUUUGGGGCCUCAUUCAGAAAAAGCAAAACAAUCCGUCAGUUAAAGGUCCAGUUUAAAACCCAAAGGGUGAGAAUCAGAGGGCCGGUCCACUCAGUGUCACAAUAACCUCGUCACUCACCAUCUCCACAUUCCACUCUUUAGGUGUAGAGAAGUCAUGUGUCUCAAUGUUUUGUUUUGUUUCUUUAGCUGAGGACAAAUGUUUUCAUGCACUGAAGUUCAAAAGGUAAAAAAAAAAAAAAAAGCCCCCCCCCGCCGCUCUUUUUCUCGUUAGCUGAACAAUAAAAGUUAGUUAUUCUACUCUACGCUUUAUAAGGAAACAAACUGAUCCCAUGCAGUAGUGAAUGUGGCACCGAGCCUGUCUGUAUAUCUGGUAUCUCAAAUACUUUUGUUUUUACUGACCAGUAUUAUGCUUAAAAUAAAAAGGAAAAAAAAAUAACCCCAAAAAAAGUCAACAAAAAAAAAGUUUGCUUCUGUGACGGUUUUAUUGCUUAGCGCGCACGUGGUUGUGAAAAUUUAGAUUUAGCUUAAGAACACCAAAAAAAAUGACAAAAAAAAAAUAAAAAAAUCCUUCAACACCUCCCCCCCUCCCCACCCCUCCCCCCCUGGUUAUUGAAGUAAUACUAGAUUUGUGUUUGUCUUUUAAAAAAAAAAAAAAAAAUCCAACUCUAGUUUCACCUUUCAUGUUAUAAACAGGACAAAAAUGUAAAAGACAAUUUAAAGUGAAAUAAAGGUUUUAUCAGUUCCGAA